AUGGCAGAAUUUUAUAGACACCUUCUUUCCCAGCUCUUAUUGUUGGUGCCUGCCUCCAAGUUCCAGCCGCCCUCUUCAGAUGACCCAGACCCUCACACAGAGGUUAUUGACGUAGUUAGUGCAAUUCUCGCUGGCAACUCGGGUUCCAUUUUCACAGAUACUAGGUAUAAAGGAGUGUUUUACAAUGCUAAUGCUUUACGUGUGUUAUCCCAGUAUCCCAAUAUAAGCUUGAAGAGUGCAUUACACGGCUAUGUGGACGAAAUUAUCAAGUCUGUGGAACAGAGCUCUUCGACCGAUUCUCGACUUUUAGUGCAAUUAACUGCAAUUGUUGCAUUGCAAUUAUUCAUCCAGCUCAAUUUUACUGGACCAAAUGUUGACUUUAAGGCUCACGAGCUCUUAAUGCCCCAUGCUGACUACGAAAAUUUGCACUUGGACCUCAUAGACUUGCUCACCGUUGAGGGCCAACAGGCAUAUGAGCUUAUGAAUGAACCAUUGCUUUUCAUUAUAGCCAGUUUGAUGUUUGAAAGAUUGAUGAAUGUGGGACCACAGUACUCGUUUAUUGGCAAAGAUAUGAACGUAGAGCUUGACCAAAUGGUAGAAGCCACUAGACCUUUGGUCGCCAAUCCAAGCAUAGAAGACGCUUCGCUUUUCUGGUGGAGAUCACGAGCGUUGCAAAUCCACAUCUCGCUCCUAUCAGAACCUCCAAGUGUUUUGACGAGUAUAUCGGCACUUUUGCUCGGUCCUUCCACGGCAGAAGUUUUGGCUCAUGGAAAUGACACUCUUCUGUCACUUGUCAAAUACGAGUUUCUCAUAGAAACCGCUCGAGCCAGCAUUCAUUCAUACACAGAACAUUUGGCUACCUCACUUUUGGCGAGAGCAUCAGAGGUUACUGAGUUGCAAUUUGUGUUGACUGGAGCUAAGGCUAAACGAACAAAGUUCCAAACAUUCACCACAUCUUCGUUGGUAUUGCUAGCAAAGAGCAAAGGGUCUACUUUACUCGAUGAAGACACGGCCGAGGAACCAGCAAAGUUCAAUUUGGAUUCAGACCUUCUUCUCGAACGUCCACAGUACGAUGCUCUCGAAGACAUAAAAGAACCCGUUUCUAAAAAGACCAAAUUUGAAGAUGAGGACCAGAAAAACGAAGUUCCGCUCUUGCCUAUAGCACGUCACCAAGACCAAAUUCCUUUGGAGCUUUCAGCCUUGGAUCCCAACGAUCAACCCGCAUUGAACGACUUGGACAACCUUCAGCUUUUGCUCCGUUUGAUGGUGCUUCGCCAAUCUUCGCCAGCUAGCAAUUCGCUUGUCGAAGAAGAGCUCAUGGCAAUUGUGAGCAGAGUCAUAUAUCAACCAUCGAAAUCUGUCAACUGGGCCAUUUUUGGAAGGGCGUUAUGGGAGAGAUCACUAUUGGAAACAAGCAAGGCUCGGACCGUGGAAAGAGGAAUAUUACAGAUGACAUCGUUAGUUGAAGAAAUCGGUCUCAAGAUUAAAACCAGGCUUUUGCCUCAGGAAAUGGAAGCGAACAACUCUUCCCCAGCUGCUUCUCGGCUCCGGUUCAUCCACCAACUUCCGUUGAUGCCACAGUGGACCAUGGACGUUAAGUUGGCAGAAAAGUACAUGUCUUUGGGAGUGUUGAAGUCUGCGUUGGAAAUCUACGAAAGACUUCAUUUGGAAUGCGAAGUGGCACUUUGUCAUGCUGCGGUUGACAACGAAACUGAGGCGGAAAACGUCCUCUUACGUCGUUUAGAACAGCACCCCAACGAUGCCAGAGCCACAUCAAUUCUCGGUGAUAUUCGCCAGGACCCUCAGCUCUGGGAACGAGCCUGGGAAAUUGGAAGGUACUCAAAAGCAAAGAACUCGUUAUCGAGGUAUUACUAUAACCCUCCAGCAAAUUCUGGACUUUCCAAAGACUUGGAAGCAGCACUUUUACAUAUGAGUGAUUGUUUGAGGGCCGACCCACUUAAUUUUGAAAAUUGGUUCUUUUACGGCUGUUGUGGACUCGAAACUGCAAACUACGAAUUAGCAUCGGAGGCAUUUACUCGUUGUGUUUCGUUAGAUGACUCGAAUUCGCAUGCUUGGUCCAACUUGGCUACGGCGCUUCUAAGAUUAGACAAGACCAGACCAGCAUUCAAUGCUUUGAAAAAGGCAAUGGUGAGUUCAAAAGAAGGUAAGCGGUCUUGGAGAAUUCAUGAAAACUUUGUCAUUGUUGCCAUGAAACUCAAUGAAUGGUCUGAUGUCUUACAAGCGACCAGAGAAUUGAUAGACAUGAAAGAAGGUGGAGAGUCAAGUAUCGAUAUUCCUGUCAUUGAAAAGUUGGUGGAAAUUCUCGUGGCCACAGAUUAUCCUAAGGAGGGAGAGAGAUUGACUCAUUAUCAGAACUCGUGUAUUGAUUUGGUGUGCAAUAUGCUUCCUAAUGUAAUUACCAACUCUGGUAGAUGUUGGAGAAUUGUUGCUCGAGUUCAUAUCUGGAGAAAGAAGCCAUGGGAGGCAUUGGAAUGCUACGAGAAAGCUUAUCGAGCGGUAUCCCAAAAGCAUGAUUUGAGUACCAACGAAACCAUUUGGAAUGAAGCUGUAGAGGCUUGUGAAGACUUGGUCGCAGCAUAUGAGUCUCUUGGAGAGCUUCCAGGCAAACAUGGAGCCGACGAUUUAGUGUGCAAGGACUGGAAAUACAAAAGCAAAACGACAAUCAGAUCGUUAAUGUCGAAGGGAAAGCUGAUGUGGGAAGAUAGUCAAGGCUGGGAUCGCUUAAUGGCGCUCAAAGAAAACUUAUGA